AUGGAGGCUCAAUGUGAUUCUUGUGGAACCGAACAAGCAUUGGUCUAUUGCGAAUCAGAUUCGGCUAAACUCUGUUUAAACUGUGACGUUUGUGUACACUCAGCGAAUCCUCUGUCCUCAAAACACACGCGAUCUUUGCUCUGCGAGAAAUGCUUCUCCCAACCCGCUUUGAUCCACUGCAUGAACGAGAAGGUUUCUCUGUGCCAAGGAUGUCACUUGACUGCAAGUAACUGCUCUGUUUUAGGACACAUGCUUCAAAACCUCAACCCUUAUUCCGGUUGUCCUUCUCCAACAGAUUUCGCCAAGAUAUGGUCUUCGAUAUUAGAACCUUCUGUCUCAAAUUUGGUUUCUCCAAUUAAUGAUUGCGCCAAGAUGAAUGAACUAGACGAUUGGGAAGGUUUGUCGACUUCCACGGUUACACAAACACACUAUCCAAAGGACUCUUCUUCUUUCUUUUCAAUGGAACAAAAUCUUCCUAAUAUGGUACAGAAGGAAUGUCCUGAUUUGGAUCUAUGCGAAGGGAUUAAUUUGGAGGAUUUACCGCUGAAUUUUAACGCAAGUGAUGAUAUGAUCGGAUGCUCAACACUUGAUCAUAUUCAUACCAAAUGUUACCAGUAUAAUGAGAAUUCUUUGAAGGAAGAGAAGAACAUUGGCUUUGCUCCUCCUCUGCUGCUUCCUGCUGCAUUAUCAGUGAAUGUUGUUCCGAGCUUGUCAUCAGUCUCGAUGUCCAACAUGACAGGAGAAAGCAACGCGAAUGAUUGCGGAAUCUCGUCAGGGUUUUCGAUAGGAGAUUCGCCAUGGGAAUCAAAUAUCGAAGUUAGUUUUAGUCCAAAAUCAAGGGAUGAGGCUAAAAAGAGAUACAAACAAAAGAAAUCAAAGCGGACGUUUGGGAAGCAAAUACGAUACGCAUCACGCAAAGCCAGAGCUGAUACGAGAAAGCGGGUCAAAGGAAGAUUUGUGAAAUCUGGAGAAGCUUUUGAAUACGAUCCAUCACUCAUCAUGAACUAG